GACUCACCAGUAUGGAGGAUGUUAUUUGGCUUCUCGUUUCUCUGGCCCUCGUUCCGUCCGUCUUCUUCUAACGAUAUAUAGGUAGAAAUAGUCGCAGGGGCCCUUCAAGCCUUUUCCAUUCUCUUCUCCCCGGCUUCCUCUCCUCAUCCGAUCCCAUCAUGGCGAAAGCCUAAGCCUAUCCCUAACCCCAGUUCGCCUCUCCCGGGGCCUAUUUCCGGCUCCCCUGGAACCCUAAUCUCGCCGGCUGCCGACGGAUCCCUUCGCCCCUCUACCGCCUGUCCUUCGCGUUCCCAGGUUUUGCUUGCGGAUCGAACCCUGAUCUCCUUCUCUGCUCGAAGCCCGGCGCUUCUUGCGGGAUUCUAGGGCUUGUUUGCCAGAUCUGCCUCCUCGGAUUCUUGAUACGUGGAAGGAGCUGGUAGGUCUCUCCAUUUGAGCUGCUGCUGGUUGAUUCGCUUCGUAGCCAAUUCUUCCUGAAAACCCUAACAUUCGUGGCGUACAGUUAGGCUCUAGUUUUCAUGGAGGGAUCUUCAGGCGAUGGCGCCGCCGCUUCCGUACCGCUGGCGAAAUGGAGAAACGAUUUUUCCAGGGCGUUUCAGUAUUAUUUGGACAGAUCUACUCCCCAUACGCUCGGGAGAUGGCUGGGAACGCUGGGAGUUGCUAUGAUCUAUUGGCUCCGUGUUUAUUAUGUGCAGGGGUUUUACAUUGUGACGUACGGUCUUGGGAUCUACUUGCUGAAUCUCCUGAUUGGGUUUCUGUCCCCUAUGGUGGAUCCGGAGCUGGAAGUUUCUGAUGAGCCUGCGCUUCCUACGAGGGGUUCGGAUGAGUUCAAACCCUUCAUUCGCCGCCUACCUGAGUUCAAAUUCUGGUAUUCCAUAACAAAAGCCUUCUGUGUGGCAUUUGUGAUGACUUUCUUCUCUGUAUUUGAUGUUCCUGUAUUUUGGCCCAUUCUUCUGUGCUAUUGGAUUGUUCUUUUCGUCCUGACAAUGAAGCGGCAAAUUCUGCACAUGAUCAAAUACAAAUAUGUGCCAUUUAGCAUGGGGAAGCAGAGAUAUGGUGGCAAGAAGACUUCUGCAAGCAGCAGUUUGUCAAAGGACUGAUCUCCACGAUACUCCAGCAAUAGAGGCAGAAAUGGCAGAAUGGGCAUUCACAUAUUUGAUGUGUUAAUUGCUGAAGUUGGAUAUACAUAUAUUAUGUUCUGUAAUUUGGAGAGCAAUUACUUUUAGUUGCAUAUUCAUUUUGCUUGCCUGUGGGCGUCCCUUGUUUGUCUGUCAUGGAUUACAUCUUUUCAUGCCCAUAUGUUGUGAUUCUCUGCUCUUCAAUGGAAUCUGAUGUUACCUAUUGUAUAAAUAGGCUGAAGGUUUCUUUUA